AUGGGUCUUGUUACAGUUUCAAUCAGGCAAAUACUUCUGAUUUCAUGUCCUUUUGAUAGAAUCAGCAACCUGUGCCAAAUCACUGAAAAUUUCAAGAAUCCAAGUAUAAGAUGGAAAAAAGUUGCUGCUGGUUUUUCUUGUUUCUUCUUUUCUUCUCCAAUAAUGGAGGUUUUCUUGAAGCGUGGCCUAAAGGGAGUGUUACAAGAUAUUAUGACUUUAAGCGGGGCCCUGUCCUUUAUUAAGUGCAUCUUGCUCGGUAUCAAUUUUGAUUCUGCUUUUCGAAUUAAAAAUUCUCUAUCGCCUGGUAAUGUCACUUCCCUAUUAUGUCCAAUCGAGGCAGGGCAGAGUUUCAAAUACAGGCUUUACCUUGCUAUCAAUCCGCCAGCGAGGCACACUCUUCUGGCAUGCUUACAUCACAUAUCAUUGCUAAGAGCAACAGUUCAUGGUCUCCUCAUUAUCUACCCUAAGCAAGUUGUUGGCUAUCCGUUUGAGCCUUCCGUUGAAGAGCAUGUGAUUGAGAGUAUUGGCUUCGAGACAUCCAUGACUUUAAAAGACGUGAAAGAUUCAGGAGGAGAUCCUCCAGGCUCAAAUGCCUACAUUUUGAAUGGUGUACACGCUAUUAAUGUUACAAAGGGGAAAAAGUAUCUUCUCAGAAUCAUCAAUGCUACUCUUAACAUGGAAAACUUUUUCGGGGUGGCUAACCAUGCUAUGACUGUUGUAGAAAUGGACGGAGAGUACACAAAACCCUUCGACACCUCAUUUCUGAUGCUGACCAGCCCAUAG